CCUCAGGGGGCUGAGGCCUGGGGAGGUCUGUUGAAGGCAUUGCAGGAGCUCAGAGAUCUGUCCAGCUGAAGGGAGACAAGCAGCUGCAGCCAGUGUAGGCCUAGAGCAGUACAGGUUAAAAAGAGCAAAAAAUGGAGCUGCAAAAUGUGUGGUGAGAAGCAGUUGCUGCUAAAGGCUUAUGGCCAAGGCUCUGGAUCUGACUGUAGACGCCAUGUCCAAAAAUUAAACUUGCUGCGGGCUGGGACAGAGGUGGCAGCUGAGGGAACAUCUUGGUGUAUAGAAGAACCACUGAAUGACAACAAAGAGAACACAGCAGUUCCACAUGAAGAAAACAUGGGCUGGCAGGAAGAAGAGGUGGAAUUCAUUCCCGUGGUCAGCCGCUGGAAUAAGUAUCUGGACAAGGACAGUGAAGAUCAGGAGGAGGAGGUGUAUACAGACAGAGAGCAGCUGAACUCCCAUAAAAGGAAGAUUGUGGAAGAACAAAGGAAACGCAAGAGCAGCUUCUGCCACAACGAUGCUCAGGAGUGCUUUGAGGAAAAGGGAAUUUAUGGGCUCGCUGAUCAAGCCAAGAAAGUCAAAACCUUUGAGAGCAGGAAAGAUUCAACAACUGUAGCUGAACAGGACUGUGGAGAUUAUAUAUGUAACAGCAUUGUGGUUCCUGCUAUCAAUGAGUUUUGGGUACCUGAGAAUACACAAGCUCCAGAGUCAGCUGAUGUCACCGUGUCCAAGUGGGAAAAAUUUCUCCUGUCUCCCAGCAGCUGUAAUAAUGGUAACUUAACCCUUGCAGCACAGAAGAACAGUUGGAAAUUAGAGACACAGGGGGCCUCUGCAGGAAACUUUCUAAUGGCUGAUGGAUAUCCACAGCAGGAGGAAGAUUCUGUAUCUCCAGGCACAGGUACCCAAACUGAAAAGAGCUUCACCAACAAUAAGUAUAUAGCACAGAAAUAUACCUCAAAGCUUCAUAGCACCACACUGGCUGCCAGUGUGCAGACUGCCUUUGACAUCAGCCAUGCAGCUAUUGGGGAUGUGCUUUCUGGAAAAUAUAAGGACCACCUGAUUAGGGCAGGGUCUGAUGUUGCAGAGAAUAAUGAAGGCAGGUUGUACUUGGCCUGCACUGUGAUGCCAGCAAACUGUUUAUCUAAGGACACUGUGACCUUUGCUUCUACAGAUCCUUUUGCUAACUCUAGUGGUGUGCCUCAGUGUCUUACUGCUCUAAAUAGCAGCCUCUUUUGCACAGAUGAUGAUUUUGAUGAUGAUCUUUGAAAAGUUCCAGGCUUUACACUUUGACUCUCUCUGCCCACCUGAGACUGGCUAGGCUUUUACUUUUCUAGCCAGCCCUCCUACUUCUGCUGUUGAAGUGACUCACUUCAAGUGAGGCAUAGUGUAGCCUAGUAAAUACUAUUAGUGUUUCUCAGUUUGUUAGAACAUUGCACAUUUUCAUGCUCUGUAUUUUGCCAGAUAGAUGGGGUGUGGUGAAGUGUUUCCUUUUUAAGCUAGAGUUGGAGCAUUUAUGCUUAUCACCUCUAUAAAAAGCUGUUUUUAAAAGCCUGGGUUUUUUUUCCCCAAGGUGCGUGAUGAUCCUUAAAGCCUGUUGGUGUCCCUAGUUUAACAACCCUAGCUGCCUAUGGAAAUGCUAUUGGGAAGGACAGAGUCUUAAUCCCUCACUUUCUUCCAAAGUUAGAAUUAACAUGGAAUGAAUAUUGUGAGGGAAAUAUCCCUGAUCUUUCUGUUUAGAGAAGAAAAACUGACCUAUGAGACUUUUUCCAUUCAGGGCAAUUAUUGUGGGGUUUCACUGUUCACCAGUAACAGACUUGGUUUGUAAUACACUAGUUUCCUCGGGUAGUGCCUUGUACUCUCCCAGCAGCUGUGUCUGAGGAGGAUGUUGAAAGGUGGGCUCUUGAUCAGCCAUAAGCUCUAGCUGUGCUUUUCCCCCCCCCAGUUCCAGAGGCAAAGCCCUGCUGCUGCAGCACAAAGGUCACAGGCUGUACUGUACUGCUAGUCCCUGCUCAGGAGUACUGGGUGCUUUACCCUCUAGUACUGGAGAAGAGCUAAUGUUCUGAAAGGUUAAUUCCAGAGACAAAUGAAUUAAGUGCAUCUGUGUCAUUACUCUUCUUCCAUUACAAGUUAACAAACAGAACACUUGUGUGCAGGAAGACUCUGAGCUUCUACUACUCUACAAUGAAGUGGGAGCCCUUACUCCUGCAUUGACUGGUGUAGUGCAGACAUGAUUUGAGCCAGUCAUUCCUCCUAGGGGGAGUGAGGAAUUUACUAAGCGAUCUGGGAAGUGUAGCUGUUCUCUCCAAGGGCUUGGAAUUUGCUUCUGGACUAGUAGAUGCUAUUGGGUUGCUGGCAAAAUAAGGUAAGAACCCUCCUCUGAUACUUGUGUGAGCAGAUACCAUGAGGGUUGCACUGCUGUAGGUAGAGAAUAGUUGCUGCAGAAUGAGAAGCAGUUCUUGUCUCAGCAACAUUCACAGCUUCUAGAAGUGAGACCAUUGAUUACUUCUUUACUUUGCCCAAGACCCUGAAUUCUCCCAGGUUGGGUGUUCUUCCUAAACUAAAUUCCAGCCCAGAUGUAUUAGUGCUUUGCAGCUUGUCCCUGGAAUGGCUAGGUUACCCCUGCACAUUUUACAGUCAGAUAUUUCACAAACAAAUGAAUAAUUAAAGACAAGAAAUAUUUAUUUUUCCCAACAAGGAAUCAGAAAAAGAGACAAUGACCCCUCUGACAGGGAGACAAAGAAUCAGCGUAGAACUGCUGUUCAGUUAUCAGUUCACAGGAAAGUGCUCUAGCUUAUGCAAAUGCCAUUAGGAACGAGGUGGUUGCUUGGAAUACUGGAUGGUAUCCAGUGCUGCCCCAAUGUCACAUUUCUUUGCCUGGAGGAGACGGGUCAGCCAUCCACCAUCAUCAGAGAAACCCAUGGAGAGCAUCUGGGACAGAGAUUCAAUCAGGCGGGGGUCUGCUUCUGUUAAAUCAAAAGUUACGAGUACAGAGUGGGAUUACACCUACAGUUUAACAAACAGUAAAGGAGUUGAGGAACUUGUGCUGUACCUACAUAUCAACUAUCACUGUCACCAUGUUGUAUAGCAAGUUACUUAUCAAGGAUAUAUCCCUUGACCUGGCUUCCUAAAGAACUUAAUGCUAUACAGUUCAACAGCACAUGCCUUAUUGUAAAUGCAUGAUCAAACUUGAUCUCCAGCAUCCUUGCAUGAAGAAUAGCUGGAGUCAGGCAGUGGCUAUUAUGGCCCAGUAUUCCAUUACUGGCUCUCCUUAGAAAAUGCCAUCUUACUCUUAAGGGGAUGCUCAUAACAUCUCUGCCCCUUGUAGGAAGCAAGGACAGCAUUUCCUAAUUGGUUGGCUGAAUUAAAUAUAGUUUACUUAGCUAACUGCUUAUAGUGGAAUAUCCUUACUAAGCAUCUCUGAAUUUUCCCCCUCUAACCCCUAGUAUUUACUACUGCCCCAUAAAUCUUGGGUUUUCCAAUUUUAUUUAGUGCACCUGGCAGUAUGUGUCAGACUACAGUUUAGUUUUCCCAUACACAAACU